AUCGUCGAAACGUUGGUUCGCAUCAGUCGUGGAAAUCGUCCAGCAGACGGUUCGAACUAUGCGGCUGUGUCUCAUCGUCCUGAUCUUCCUCGCGAGCACGGCACUCGCGAGGUACCACGAAAAGACGCGUUUCGAUCGAUCCGUACACGAGUAUGAGAUGAGAAACGUAGAAAACGGUAAUGAAGAGAAACAAUGGUCUUUUAAUGAUGACGUAACGCAAUUCGUUGCAUACAAGAGCAGGGAGGAGAACGAUUGUUAUCUUGAAGAUGUAAGGCAGGGUCAUAGUAUUAUGUCACGUAAGAAGCGACAAUUCAAGAUACUCUAUGCAUCGGCAGUUCUCACGAAACUAGAGGCAUGGCGACUUGCUGGAGCUCGAAUCGUUGAUUUCUGCAAUGGACGCAAUAUCCUUUUAUUACAAACAGUGAGACCUGUGCCUGAGCAAGCUUUCGAUCCCUUUUUCAAUGAAAUCUCUAUAGACGAAAACGAUAUUUCGUCCAAACGCGUAGCUGAUAUGGUUUUAAUACCACUGAAAACUCGGACAAAACGAGAUAUUCAACUCGAGCAACGAGAGAAGUUGAACAAAAAUAUGAAUCGAAUUCGAAAACGUCGGCAGACGAAUCAGUUUCGAGGAAAGUUUCGUGGACAGACGCAGUCUCAAUAUUUGAAUUUUGGUAACGAUGAAAAAAAAGAGGGCAAGGCCGAAGCUGAAGCCACUCAGCAAUCUUCACGCGCAGUAGUUAGUGGUAAUCGUGGAAUGGGUCAAGCGCAAAGUAUGUCAUCAGGUGGCACCGGUUGCGAAGAUUGUCCCGGAUAUCCUGGAUAUCUUGGAUAUCCUGGCAUCGAAGGGGCACCGGGUAAGGUACGAGUUCCACCUGCGCGUACUGACGGAUAUGUGCAAGUUCCAGGUGCUGGUACACCUGGUAUUGUACAGCCAGGAGUUCCUGGAAUCCCUUCUUAUCCUGGCGGGCAGAUAACAUAUCCAACUGGAGUAGUUCCUGGGGGAAUUAGCACCUAUCCUGGUAUUCGUCCUGGCAGACCAGAAACGUAUCCCGGAGGUGUUCGUCCUGGCACUGUCAUACCAGGAGCUGAUGGGACGUAUCCUGGAGGUGUUCGUCCUGGUAUUGUGACAUCAGGAGUUGAGAGGCCGUAUCCUGGAGAUGUUCGUCCUGGUAUCGUGACUCCAGGAGCUGAUAGGAUGUAUCCUGGAAGUGUUCCUGGGACUGUGACACCGGGAGUUGAAAGGACAUAUCCUGGUGGUGUUCAACCACCUGGAACUAUGAUACCCGGAAGUGAUAGAACAUAUCCACCUGGAACUUUAAUCACAGGAGAUCAUGGACCAUAUUAUGGAGGUGUCCAGCGUGGAGGAGUUUUACCUGGUGUGACGGUAGGAGGUGGAACAUAUCCAGGAGGUAUUCAACCUGGAGUUCAACCAGGACAAAGUAUGUAUCCUCCUGGUGGUAUUGUAACCACUUCAGUAACAACAGGUGCCACUGCUGUUACUGGUGUUGGAACUUAUCCAAUUAGUACUCCACCUGGAACAGGAUUACCAAGUGGAACAUAUCCGGGAGUUCCUGGCACGGGAGUUCCUGGCACAGGAGUUCCUGGCACAGGAGUAAUUCCUGGCACAGGAGUAAUUCCUGGCACAGGAGUUCCUGGCAUAGGAGUUCCUAGUACUAGAAUUCCUGGUACUGGAGUUCCUGGUACUGGAAUUCCUGGCACUGGAGUUCCUGGUACUGGAAUUCCUGGCACUGGAGUCUAUCCUGGUGGUGUUCGACUUGACGCUAUCCCAAGAACAAGUGUCGGGACAUAUCCUGGUAGUGUUGUGCCAGGAACAAUAACUCAGGGAGUUUAUCCUGGACAGCAGACUGUUGUAUACCGUCCUGAAGGUGUUCCAUCAGGCACUUUACCAAGCGGAGGUCAAGUUCCUAGUACGAUUACGACUACAGCAUCUGGUACUGGUACACAAGUAAUAACUUAUCCAGAUGGUCGACCAACGAAUGGUCAAACGGUUUAUUCUGGUGAUACUAUUCAACCUGGAAGGAUUCCUGAAGGUACUCAAGUUGUAUAUCCAGGUGUUACAUAUCCUGGAACUAUUCCAGGUACAUAUCCUGGCGGUGCACAACAAAUUCCUUCUGCUGGUGGUACUUUAUACCCUGGCCAAGUAAUCCAUCCAGGUGGUCAAGUGCCAACUUACCCAAGCGGACAAUACCCAGGCACGGAUAUUGGAAUUCCAGGAACAGAAGGAGUUCAGUAUCCAACAGACAUACCAAGAGGUCAAAUAAUUGGAGAGACUGGACGGUAUCUUGGUCAUUUUCCAGGCGGAAUCAGUCAAGGAGUAGACAGUAGACAGUAUCCAAGAGAAUUUUAUCCGGGAACGGUUGGAUCUGCAGAUACGGAAGAAACUGGGGGCUUAACUAGACCAGCAGGUCCAGCAGGUGUGGCAGACGACGGUACCGAAUCACAGGCAUCGAGUUCCGUGCAGCAGGUGGAUUCGGGUACUCAAGCGAGCGCUUCGGCUCAGGGUAAAUACGGAUCGGGUACAGCUCAGUCGCAAGUGACAGGUACCUAUAGCGGUUCAAAAGCUGGUACUAGCGACGCCAACAAGAGCGCUCAGGCCGAGAUCAAUGGCGGUAAAGAAGGAGCUACUAGCAAUGCGCAAGGCGUCGCCGGUUAUGGAAAAAGUCAAACGCAGGUUCAAUUAGAUUCUGACUCCGGAGCUACCUCGACAGGUGCUCAGAGUAGUGGAUGGAACCAUGGUACCAAUUCGCAAGUGCAAGCAAGUUCCAAGGGCGGAAUGGCGGAUGCUCAGGCCGACGGCGAGGGAAGUACUUCUAGCCAGGCGCAGAUCGGGUUCCAGCCGUAUUUGAAGAGCGAAGAUGAGAACGUGGAAAAGCACGAGACGCCAUUUCGCGGUAGCGGAACAGCAUCGGCUCAAAGUGGCACUCAUCGAGGUCAGUCCCAAUCGCAGCUACAAGGUUCUUUUCAAUACGGGAUCACGUACACCGGCGCAGCGCAAGCUGGUUCUGGAUCUGGUGCUGCAUCCUCGCGGAAGCCCUUCAACUUCACCGAUUCCGAACUUUUCAAGCCCUUCAAACCGGCUCCUUCUUUGAAGCGACCAACGAAUAUUGACAGUGCACAGUCAAGUCCGUCGACAAAUUCGAAUUACAAUAAUAGGCAAGAUGAAAACAAGCAGAAUCGCGAGCAAGGCUUGCAAAGCAGCUCGACUUCGAGACAGACUGUCAUCCUGGCUUCGAAAAACAAUCCGGACGACGCUGACAAGAAGGUGCUCUCUACCGAAAAACCGCGAACGGAUGACACAGCGUACGACGAAUACGACGAUGACUACACGGACGAGGACGAUUAUCCUACGGGUUCGAAGUUGACAAUCAAAGAGAAGUUUUCGGAAAUUUUCCCGGGCUCGAGCACGAGUCAUCAAAAACUUGACAAGACCAUUCAACAGCAAAGUCGCAGUCAGUCGCAGACAAUACAGGUCGCUAAAGGGAAUCAAUAUAACAUCCGCGUUAGACAAGAUUCAAACGUACCGCGAACGGAUGAUACUCUGCAACCGGGACAAUCUGUAUCAGGAUACACCAUCCCACCUGGAUUCCGCGGCCGAGUAAUGUCGGCCUCUGGCACCGAGACUGUUGCUCAGGGUGACGGUAAAUCUCAAUCGCAGACUGUAUCUUUAGUACCUAAGGACUUGAAUAAUACUAGAUCAUCGCUCGUCACAGAGACUAGAUCGCUUCAAACCAAUCACAAUCGUUACAUUGGCCGACAUAUGUCGAAAAACCAAGAGCCUUCCGUUAAUCAAAAUAUAUCUUUCGACAAGCGUACGAAAUCUACCCCGGCAGUAGCGGCGAAGCCGAGUUACUAUACCGUGACCAACAGUUUCGCCGGCAAAAUGAACGGCAGCAACGAACCGAGAAAGUAUGAACAUCGAUAUUAUACUAAGAGUUCCACCUGCGGAUACUUCACGUUUUCCUGUAAUGUCGUGUACGGUUCCAACGGCAGAACGAAGAUUUGCAAGCCAAAAGUGCCGACGUAUCCCGAUGGCACGCCUAUAAAAUGUUGAAUUAUCAAAAUAUAUAUGUAUAUAGGAUGUAGUAACAAUUAUUUCUGUAAAGCAUCCUGAUUAAAUCAUUUUUCUCUACAUUGUAUAGUACAGUGGAAUUUAUGACUCGCUUAGAUAGAUUAGAUCGUAUUUGACUAAUUGCUUUCGCGCGCAUCAGCAUUGUAGCCCAUUCCAUCAUAAAUUCGAGUAAGGCACAUUCCCUCUUCAGUAGCUUUAACAAAGUAGAUACAAUAAAUAUAAAAGUAAAAUAAAUGCGGACAGAAAGCUUUCGUUCCUGUGGAUUAGCAAAUGAAGACUAAUCUUUCGGGAUUGAAAGUUACGCCACAAAUAUGUACUUCAAUGUUGUAAUUUUUUUAUUGAGAUACUUCCAAAUUAUUGACUGUAUAGUAUGGUGGACGUAUUGUUACAUCAAAUCGCUGCUAUUUAUUAAGUUUUCAAUAAAAUACAUUUUAACCAGAAGAAAAAUCUUUUCUUAUCUUCCCAUCAGUUAUGAAAUAUAAUUAACAAUCUUCUCAAUUUUACGUAGGUUGUAUCGUAUGAAAGUUAUCUACAACUAUAUUUGCGACACGGUGAACUCGCAGAUACAUAUGUAGAGUAUUGCUUCGACUUAUGCUAAAUAUUUUCGGUAUUGACGUACAAUGUUCAGUUAUAAAUGUCAGGUAUCGUAUCUUGUACAUACUCGCUACUCGAUUUCGCCAAUCUUUUUCAAGACGAAAAAUACAUGACGAAACAUGUGUUUCAUUACAUAUAUAUUUUUUCGUUAUAUAUAUAUUUCGUAAAUAUGUAUAUA